CGUGCUGUGGUUUGGACGCUACGGUCCGCCUACUUAUUUCUGACGUAAAAGUCGGCCAAUCAGAAGUCUCUAUGGGCGGGAUUACAGCUAAAUGACGGCGGUCUGUUGCAAUGAGAAGACCUUUUUGUGUGUUGUCAACGUAUAUAACACAUCUCUGCCGCAGUUUCUUUCUUUGGAAUAAUGUCGGCUGAAUACGAUAAUAGAGACAAUGGCCCGGAAGGCAUGGAGCCAGAUGGGAUCAUUGAGAGCAACUGGACUGAGAUCACUGACAGUUUUGAUGAGAUGAACUUGCGCGAGGCUCUGCUAAGGGGAAUUUAUGCCUAUGGUUUUGAGAAGCCCUCUGCUAUCCAGCAGAGAGCUAUUAUGCCUUGUAUCAAGGGCUACGAUGUGAUUGCUCAGGCCCAGUCUGGCACUGGGAAGACUGCCACCUUUGCCAUCUCCAUCCUUCAGCAGAUUGAUGUGGAGAUGAAAGCCACUCAAGCUCUGGUCCUGGCUCCCACAAGGGAGCUGGCUCAGCAGAUCCAGAAGGUGGUGCUGGCCCUGGGUGACUACAUGGGAGCCAAUUGCUAUGCCUGUAUCGGAGGGACCAGCAUUCGCAGUGAAGUCCAGAAACUGCAGGCUGAAUCCCCUCACAUUGUGGUGGGAACCCCUGGCCGUGUCUUCGACAUGUUAAAUCGCAAAAACCUCUCUUCUAAGCACAUCAAAAUGUUUGUGCUGGACGAGGCGGACGAGAUGCUUAGUAGAGGGUUCAAGGACCAGAUCUAUGAGAUUUUCCAGAAACUGGCUAGCAGCACACAGGUUGUCCUUCUGUCGGCCACCAUGCCAGCUGAUGUCUUGGAGGUAACAAAGAAGUUCAUGCGUGAACCCGUCAGAAUCCUGGUAAAGAAGGAAGAGCUGACCCUUGAGGGUAUUCGUCAGUUCUACAUCAAUGUGGAAAAAGAGGAGUGGAAGCUGGACACGCUGUGUGACUUGUACGAAACCCUGACCAUCACACAAGCGGUCAUCUUCAUCAACACAAGGAGGAAAGUGGACUGGCUGACUGAGAAGAUGCACGCCAGAGACUUCACCGUGUCUGCUCUGCACGGUGACAUGGACCAGAAAGAGAGAGACUUGAUCAUGAGGGAGUUCCGCUCUGGCUCCAGUCGAGUCCUCAUCACCACUGACCUAUUGGCCAGAGGUAUUGAUGUCCAGCAGGUGUCUCUAGUCAUCAACUACGACCUGCCGACCAAUAGGGAAAACUACAUCCACAGGAUUGGUCGGGGUGGUCGUUUCGGCAGAAAGGGAGUAGCCAUCAACAUGGUUACUGAGGAUGACAAGCGAACCCUGAGGGACAUUGAGACAUUCUACAACACCACCGUUGAGGAGAUGCCCAUGAAUGUGGCCGAUCUUAUCUAGGAGCUAUCGUCCACCCCCUCCCUCACUUAUUUUAGCAGUCAAAUCUUGUUUCUUAUACGAUCUGAAUUCUAAGAUCUUUCUUUUGCUAAAUUCCGCCAUGACUUUACCCUCUACAUUCUAAGGGAAGGAAGAAUGUGGCCAUUAUUCCUUCCAACCUUUUGAAAUAGUUUUUUUGGCCGUUUUGGAAGGAUGAAUUACUGACCUGUUUCAUCUGCUUGCCAUAGUCCAUUACCCCAUAUUGGCACCUAAAUUCAUCCUGCAGCUAAUCCCUCUAACUCUUCAACCAUUCAUUUUGUUUUGCAAACAGGACUUAACAUCAAACAAGUGAGUUUGUAUCGGGAUCCCACACUUGCGAAACAACAAUGUUUGCAAAAGCACAUAAAUAAAAUUAAAAAAAACAGAAGUUGAUGUUUGAAAGGAUUCUAGCUCACUGUUAGCAAACGCUCGACAUUAAAUUAAUAGCUUAAUAAUUUAAAAACUGGUCUCAAUUCAUAACAAGCAUGACGCUGACUCAAAGAUCAUCAAAGCUUUUGUGAAACGCGUCUGACUUGCACCUGCACGCCGUCAGCAGGUGCCGCACAUGCUGAGUGACCAAUACAUGAGUGGUUUAGACUGCAGUUCAGUUUUGACUCAAACAACGCAAUGAUCUAUGGGAAGUGUUGCAUUUGACCAGAUCAGUAUUUAAACUACCUUCAGUGUACUGGGAAAAAGCCUUUAACUCACAUCCAUGAUCAUGUUAAGAGGUUUUGGGGUCUAGAGUACACAGGGCAUAUUCAAUAAAAAGACCUAUAUAGUAAAAUCCAUCAUGAA